AUAACAUAAGAGGUUUUAGGGUUCUUCGUCUCUUCCUCUGCUGCAGUCGUGCGGAACUCUGAUAGCCUUUCUGGGAUUUCCCUCGUUCGCCGUUUUUCUCCUACGAUGGGCAGUGCAUUCUUAGAGUAGAUCGUAGGGAAAUUCUUGAGCUCCAGAUAUUGCGAUGUCGACUUCGUAUUUUGGUUGUCAGUCUCUGAGAUUCUCCCCAGCUAAACGUCUUUUUGUUUCCACCAACUUCAGUUCCAGGAAAUUUAGAUGUGGUCCUGCUUUUGCCUCGACGAGCGAUUUUGGAAAAGACCUCUCACUUCAGAUGAAGGUUGAGAUGCUGUUAGACAGCAUGAAAUGGGAUGACAAAGGUCUGGCAGUAGCUAUAGCUCAAAAUGUUGAUACAGGAGCAAUAUUAAUGCAAGGAUUUGCGAAUAGGGAGGCUGUUGCUACAACUGCUUCCCAACGAAAGGCUACAUUCUACAGUCGAUCGCGAUCACAGCUGUGGACAAAGGGAGAGACCUCUAAUAACUUCAUAAACAUUCACGACAUAUUCAUUGAUUGUGAUCGUGAUUCUAUCAUUUAUCUCGGGAAGCCCGAUGGGCCUACUUGUCAUACUGGAGCCGAGACAUGCUAUUAUACAUCACUAGAUGACUUGAUGGAGAGUCAACAGGAGGUGAACCAUAAGUUGGCCUUGUCUACUUUGUACUCAUUAGAGUCCACAAUCUCCGAACGCAAAGUGGAAAUAGCUGUUCCACAAAAUGGUAAGCCCUCGUGGACGAGACGACUGUUGCUUGACAACAACUUGCUCUGCUCUAAAAUCAGGGAAGAAGCGGACGAGUUGUGUCGAACGUUGGAAGAGAAUGAGGAUAAGUCUCGCACUGCCUCGGAAAUGGCAGAUGUGCUGUAUCAUGCCAUGGUUCUCCUGGCAGUCAAAGAGGUAGAGAUGGAGGAUGUUCUUCAAAUUCUGCGUCAGAGAUUUUCUCAGUCGGGUAUCGAGGAGAAGAGGAAUCGACCGCCCAAAAGCUAAUUAGCUAUUGAUUAUCACAUUUUUAACUGUGGGCAGUAUAUAUAUGAUGGCACAAGCACAUAAAAUUUGUUGUAAUAUUUCUCCCCUGAUUUAAGUAACUUUUGAAUUCUCACUGUAAUUUGGAAACCUUGCAGGCUUAAUUGCCUUCAUUUUUGGUAUUUGAAUUGUUUUAUAAACUCAUAUUAGGAGGAGUUGGAUCACUUUUUGCUCAUCUAAUGGUGCCAAUCUACCUGGUAUGUAACUUCUUUUUUGGUUAAAUUACAAGUUUGUAUUCUUUAA